GACGGUGUGGUGGGUGUGAGAGAGAGAGAGACCGCGCACCGCCUCAAACCGGCGCCGACAGGACCCCCGCCCUCCUCCUCCUCGACCCCACAGCAAGCACAGGGACCGGGCCCGCCGUGAAUCCGUGAUCGCACGCCAGAGCCGGAGUCGGGGCCCGUGAGACGGACGGCGGCGUCGGAGCACAGGCGGAGAAUGGAGGCGGUCUCGUACCGAGUGGAGUCGCUGCCGGUGGUCAACCUGCGCAUCGGCAGCUCGCUCACCUCCUUUAUCUCGGAGAAACGAUUCAACCGCGGCAUCACCGUGUCCGAGUUCAAGUGUAAAUUGGAACUGAUUGUGGGCUCUCCUGCCUCGUGCAUGGACCUGGAGUUGUUCAGCCCAGAUGACAAAUUCCUUGGCUUACUAGACCAAGAUGAUGCCCUGCUUGGAUCCUACCCUGUAGAUGAUCGCUGCCGGAUACAUGUAACAGACAAAAGUGGAGUGAAGGUGGGAGAAUAUGACGAUGUUUCUAAAGUUAUUAAGUACGAAAUGUCUAAUGAAGCAUAUGAAAAGAGACCAGAAUCAGCUCGAUUAUUUCUGAAGCGCAGCAAGCUGGGCUUGUAUAAUGAGGAGCAGAGAGCAAAGGAUGAGUCCGAGAUGCAGGAGAGACAACAGGAAGAAAAGAUUUUGGCAGACGACAUCCUUGUCGGCUCAAGGUGUGAGGUUCUAGUAGCGGGACAGCCAACCAAGCGAGGCACAGUGAUGUUUGUUGGUCAAACGGAAUUUAAGCCAGGAUACUGGGUUGGAUUGAAAUAUGACGAACCUUUAGGAAAACAUGAUGGCAGUGUAAAUGGAAAAAAAUACUUUGAAUGCCAGCACAAGUAUGGAGCAUUUGUAAAGCCACAGUCAGUAACAGUGGGAGAUUAUCCAGAGGAAGACUAUGGCCUAAAUGAUGAAAUAUGAAUGCUAAUCAUCCUACAUCUUGGAAGCGUUGCACAGCGGAUUUGUACGCUGAAGAUCCAGAAUCCAAUGAUUCCUUGUUACAGUUGAAUGCAAGUGGCUGGAAUUACUGAAUAUGUUGUGACUAUGCAGUUAUUUGGCUUACAUGUUCUUCAGAUUGUUUGGCUCAUGAUGAAAUAGAGACAUUUAUUACUUUUUUUCAAUUUGCUACAUUCGAAGUAUUCCUAGUUUAGCAUCUGACACUAGUUACUUGAAAAUCCAGACAAAAUUUGCAAAGUACAUUAGUUUGACAAAAGCCACUGUUGUGAGUCACACUUGGAAUCUCUCUUGUAUUGUGAUUGUACUGCAUUGUAAAGUCCAAAUGUAAGCACCUGACUGUAAUCUGGGCUGAAUUAUGCCCAUCUUGAUACUUUAUGUGAAACAAAGAGUUACUUCCUUUCGGAGUUUUGUCUUUUUAUAAUUGUGUAUUUUGCGAUUCUGUUUACUACGGCACACUUUAUUUAGAGUUUUCAGCUGAAGUGAAUGAUCAAUUGAUCGCCAAAGUAACAUACUGUGAUAAUCAACACUAAGAGUUGACACAUUGAGUAAUGACUCGUCUAAUUUUUCUUUGAUUUAUUGUUGGAAUAAUAUAGGUACUAACUCUAAACAAAAUACUUGAAAUGUUGCAUCAUUUCUGCCUUGGUUUCUUACUGAGCUAAAGUAUUUAUGUAGAGGUCCAUGUUGUCUCAGCUGUGUAAGAGGUUGCAUGGAAAACAUGGAUGAUUAUUUUUUCUUGUGUUUUCCUGAGAGUUUAUCACACUUGAUCGCUUUAAAAGUUUGUUAUCUUGCCAAACACCCAUUUCCUACUAUUUGAAAGAUGAGCUAGUGACUUCUUCCAUGUCAUUGAAUGUUGUUUUAGCCAGGGUGUGCACAGAGCUGUUUCUUGGAAUUGUAAGGAAAGUUUUUUGUUUUUUUUGCCUUAACUUGUACUACUGGUUAUUGUUGCUGCUGAUAAAAGAAAAUCACCCCCUACUGCACAGUGGUCAUUUUGCCUCACUCCAUACAUUCCAUGCACAAAUGUUUUAAAAGUUUGUUGCUAAACCAUUACAAUUUUUUUAGCAUGUUUGACAAUUGGCUGCAUUAUAAGGCCUCUUGCAACAAGGUUUCAACGCAUGUACACCAAUUUGUUUUUGAUCUGUAAAAGAAAGUAGAAUAAUAAAGCAUCAAUGCUUGUUGGCAGCU